GGCUCUCUCUUCUCUCUCUCGGCCUUCUUUCCUAGCGGCGACGCCAGGGCGAGUGGCGUGGCGGCCGGCGGCUCUCUCUUCUCUUUCUCACGCCUUCUCUCUCUCCGUCUCUCGGCCUUCUUCUUUCCUUGCCAGCUCUUCUUCGUCGGGAGCUUCGCCGGCCGACAAGGAGUUGGCUUCCAUUAUCCUCCGCCGCUGAUGUCGAGGCUGCGUGCUUUGUGGCAAGCUUCCUUCAACGCCUCCAAGAGAGCUCUUGUAUGGAGUUCAGAUGAUCUAAUGCCACCAAGCGAAAGGUAUAUCUUCAAUUUCAACUCAAAAGAUGAGCUGAAGAGGUGGCAUUUGUACUCAGAUUCAGAGUACGGAGGUUUGUCUUCUGCAUCAUUGGAGAUAACUGAUAGCACUGCUGGUGCAGAUACUUCAUUGACUGGUGUGUUUUCUGGUAAUCUUUCAUCGGAUAUGUCUGAGGACUCAACAUGGAGGAUCAGGCGCUAUGGAUUCUGCGGAAUGCGAUCAAAGAAGUUUGAUGGUUUCAUUGACCUUGAUGCAUAUGAUACAAUAGCAAUGAAGAUCAAAGGGGAUGGAAGAUGCUACAUAUCUACCAUAUACACAGAGAAUUGGGUGAAUUCACCAGGACAACAAGAAGAUAAUUCAUGGCAGGCUUUUGUGCACACACCUCAGGACAGAUGGCAAAUACUGAAGAUCCCUCUUGAUCACUAUUUACCUACAUGGAGAGGAAAUGUGAUUGAGGCAAAGUUGGAAAUGAAUCCUGCUCGUAUUGUGGGAAUGUCUCUCUCUGUAAAUGCAGAAGGUGGUGUUCCUGGUGCCAAGACUGGGACUGGUGAUUUUAGGCUAGAAGUUGAUUGGAUCAAGGCAUUGAGAACAGUGUGAGGUCCACUGGCAUUUUCUUACUCUUCUGUUUCACGCGGCGCUGCCAUUGCUGGAAUUUUGUCAGCGACCAAUACCUGAUGACUACACGAGUAAACAGUAGUUCAGAGUGCCCCACUCCUGUAUGUACUUUUAGGUGUAUGAAAUGUUUGCUGGUAAACAUGGAAGGCUGCUGCAGUUCGGCACCAAUGAAUAAUAAAUACUGUUUUCCAUUUGUGGUUUAUAAAUAAAUGAUUAGGUAAAAAAUGCAA